AUGGCCAUCGCCGGCCGCACGUCUGGCUUUGCGCCCUCCGACCGCGCCCCCAUCACCAACUUUGGCGGAAUGACCACCUUUACCAACGCCGACGUGGGCUUCAACGGCGGCCUGACCACCAGCUUUGACAACUUUGGCAACCCCGUCGCCAACGAGGGUGGCCGCGGCCAAAUUUUCCGCCGCCGCAGCCUGCUCGCUGACAUCACCGCCACUGGCGGCACCACCGUUGUGGGCGGCGCCAACCCUACCAUCGUCUCGGACAAGCCCAUUGCCGACCCUGCGGCCGCCAUGAAAUCGGCCAUGGCGCAGCAGUCCCAGGCGAUGACCCAGUUCGGCCAGGACAUGGGCGUCGCCGCGGCCCAGAUGGCGCAGGGCGCAGGCAUGAUGGCUGGCACCGCCUCUGCCCUGCAGGCCUUUGCGUUCCCCCAGGCGGCUGCUGGUGCUUUCCAGGCCGCUGCCGCCCCGCAGGCCGCGGGUGCUCCACGGGCCGCGGACGCCGCCCCGCAGCAGCAGCUGCCCGUGAUGCGGGCACCGACCUCUGCGGGUGCCAGCCGCGCAGGCGCGGGCGUGCUGCACGGCGCUGCGCUUGUGGUUGCCCUUUGCUUCUUUGCCUAUGCUUGA